AUGAUGUGGGAAGGUGGAGGCGAGGGCGGGUCGGGGCGGAGGAAGCCGUCUUGGAGGGAGAGAGAGAAUAACAGGAGGAGAGAGAGGAGGAGGAGAGCUAUUGCGGCCAACAUUUUUGCUGGGUUAAGGGCACAUGGAAAUUAUGAUCUGCCCAAACACUGUGAUAAUAAUGAGGUUUUAAAGGCUCUUUGUGCUGAAGCUGGCUGGGUCGUCGAUCCUGAUGGCACUACUUAUCGCAAGGGAUGUAAUCCAACUCCAAUGGAGAUGGGGGGCAACAUCACCCCAUGCUCCUCCCGUAACCCGAGCCCGCCGUCCUCCUACUUCCCCAGCCCGGCCCACGACAAUGGGCCUACCCAACCCCAGUUGGCCUUCCUCCGGAUUUCCAACAGCGCCCCCGUGACCCCACCCCCCUCAUCCCCCACUCGAGACUCGUCCAAGCACGGGGUUUUCAACCUCGAGGCACUCGCCAAGGAGGCCCUCAAAGUCCCCUUNNNNUCGGCACCCGCCAGCCCGGGCCGGGCCCACCAUUGGUUCGCGCCCCCCACCAUCCCUGAGUGUGACGAGUACUCUGAAACGUCCACUGUGGACUCGGGCCGGUGGAUGAGCUUUCGGGCUUAUGCAUCGGGCCCGUCCUCGCCGACAUUCAACCUCGUGAGGCCCGGAGAAGCCCAGCCAGAGGGCCCGCCGCCCGGAGGUGAAGACAAGGGAAAGGUGGUGGACUUCGGGUUUGAGGCGGUCAAGCCGUGGGAGGGGGAGAUGAUUCACGAGGUGGCCAUGGAUGACCUUGAGCUCACGCUCGGCAGUGGCAAUGCUUGA